GGAUAAGAGCGCAGCGUGAAACGUAUAAAAGACAGCAGAGAUAUAGCAAUGAUGCCGCGUGCGUACCUCCAACAGCCACCAUGGAUCAUCAUCGGGUACACAAAGGAGCCUUGGGUCUUCUGGUCCAGGUGAUGCUAUCUCUCCUGGCCUUGGCCUCCAGUACUGGUCCCCAGCUCCCACAGACUGCUGCCCCCCUGAUAGACGGGAAGCCGUUUGUGGUGAUCUGGAACGGGCCCGUGAGACACUGCACACAGAACAAUGUGCCACUUGACAUGUCAGCCUUCCAAGCGGUCACCACCCCUGCACUGGAGCCCAAUCAGUUCCUCAGCCUCUUCUACCGGGACCACAUGGGCCUGUGUCCGUGGACCGACUAUGAGACAGAGAAAGAGUACAACGGCGGGUUUCCCCAGAACGGCGACCUCCAGGCCUCUCUGGCCAAGUCCAAGAGCGAGGUGGGCGAAUACAUCCCAAACUCAGUGGCAGGUCUCGGGGUCGUCGACUGGGAGGACUGGCGCCCCCUCUACGACCGGAACUGGGGCACCAAGAGAAUCUACCAAACGCUAUCCAUAGAAUACACCCAGCAGCACGACCCCUCCCUCACCGCAGAAGCUGCCAAGGUUGUGGCCAAGCAACAGUUUGAGAAGGCGGCCAGAGGUUUCAUGGAAGGCACGCUGAAGGUGGCGGAAAGCGAGAAACCAGAGUACCUCUGGGGCUUCUACCUGUUUCCAAACUGCUACAACUACGGCUACGAGGAUCCGGGUUAUACGGGGAAGUGCGGAGAGACCGUGGAGAGUCUCAACGACGAGCUCCUGUGGCUGUGGGAGGCCAGCACGGCCCUCUUCCCUUCCGCCUACCUGCCAGCUACACUCAGCGACAACUACAAUGCCGCUCUGUUUGUCCGUAAUAUUGUGCAGGAGGCCCUUCGCACGUCCGCGCUCCCCAAACGGCCCUACACCGCACCCGUCUUCCUCUACUCGCGCAUACUCUUCCGUGACCAGAGCGAGCUCUUCUACAAAGAGAUCGAUCUGGUGAGGAGCGUAGGGGAGGCUGCGGCUCUUGGUGCCGCAGGAACUGUGAUGUGGGGAGCCUCUGCCGACUAUCCUAAUGAGGCUGCAUGUGAGGGCCUAUCCAGCAAUCUGCUCUCCACGAUUAACCCAUACAUCGCCAACGUGACGGCCGCAGCUCAGGUGUGCAGUGACUUCCUGUGCCAAGGUAAUGGCCGCUGUGUGCGAAGGGACUACGACACCGACACCUACCUGCACCUGAACCCCAACCACUUCCUCAUCCAGCGCUCCGCCUCGGGCUACACUGCCACCGGAACACCCUCCACGCAGGACUUUGCCUACAUGUACAACUACUUCACCUGCCAGUGCUACGCGGGCAAGAGCUGUUCAGUCUCCAUGCCCACGCAGCUUCCAGAGAGACCUCUGGUCAUACACAUAUAAUGCUCAUCACUCAUCGCUCUGGCCUCCUCUGAGCACUCAUCCAUGACCAGGUCAUGGAUAUACAUAAUCUCAUAAUUGUUCAUUGAUUAUAGUCAGGGCUGGACUGGCCAUCUGGGAUAGCUGGUAUUUCCCGGUGGGCCCCUGCACCCGUGUGGGCCCCUAUUUUCAGACAUGUAAAAAAAUAAACUUUUUUACAUGUCUGCAAAUAGGGGCCCACGAGGGUGCAGGGCCCGCCGGUAAGUCAGUUCUGUGCCGCUAAUUAUGGAGGGCCCCUUGAAGUCAAAAGUGCCCCCGCCCGAUUUCUCCCCCAGCCCAGUCCUGAUUAUACUUUACAUGUUCUGGCAAACAAGCUCAUUAGGCACUGAAUCUGGCACGAUCUGGAAAAUAAUUUGGCCUCUCACUGACUCUUUGACAGAUUGUUGAAAGAGUAAUUUCAUCAGUCAUCGAAAAGAUUUGGAGAUAACCUCCUUGAUCACUACAUACUGUAGGUGAGAUGAUGGGCAAACAUGUGUCUGAACAGGGACAGGACUUCAAGGUUUAGGCCCUAUGGAAGAAUUGUACAUUCUUCUUUUGCACACAACAUACACCAGAAAAGAAAUAAACGUCAUGAACCCAAA